AUGACUCUAUUAUUCUUAUGGUUACUUAAAAUAGCAAGCACUUAUCUAGAUUUCAAGUUAGGCAAGACUAUACUUGUCUCAGCAGAUGGAAAGAUACUUACUAACAGCUUAAUCUUGGAAGAUCCUAAUAAUAUUCAUAAUAUUAAAACAGUUGAGUUUGUAAUUAUUAAGAAAAAAGAAAAAGGAAGCCUGAUAUUUGGAUUAAUAACAUUCUCUGGAAAAAUAGUAAAAGUUAAAAAUAAUAAGCUAGUAACUGAUGAUUCUGUUGAUUUACCAGAAAAUUUAAAAAAAAUAGUUAAUUGUUUGUUUAAGCCGAACAGAAAAGAUGAAACAUGUAGAGUAAUUGAAGAAGAAACAAAAACGGCCACCGAAGAACAUCAAGAAGAAGCUGAAAGUGAGACAAAAGAGACAUUUUCAGAUGAAAACCUUCCGUUUUCUCUGGACUUUAACAAUGAUAAUACCGUUUCUAUUUCUGUACGCAAUACAAAUUUAUGUAUCGUAUCUUCUGAUAAUCUACUUCGACUAGAUUCUUGUCCUGAAUUGGGAUUUGGAGGAGGUCCGUCGGGUUGGUCGUUUUUUAAUGAACCAGAUUUAACAACGAAAAAUGAUUUUACGUUUGGGACAACUAAUCGUGUUAAAUUUCAUAAGAUUCUUGAUUUUUUAAAAGCCAGACACCAUUCAGAUCAAACUAACGAAGCCAAUUCAUUGCCAUUAAAUUCUUUCUUAAUAGGUACAAAAGUAGGUGAAAAACUAGCUUCAAAUUUACAGAAUAUUUUAGGACCAUAUCUUCACACACAAGGACAAAUGAAUAAUCCACAAGCAACGCCAAAUCCAACUGAAAUUUCUUCGCAACCCUUGCAACCUGGGCCGACUGGAGUAUUUUCGCAACCUUUGCAACCUGGGUCGACUGGUGUAUUUUCGCAAUCUUUGCAAUCUGGGCCGACUGGAGUAUUUUCGCAACCUUUGCAACCUGGGCUGACUGGAGUAUUUUCGCAGCCAUUGCAACCUGGGCCGACUGGAGUAUUUUCGCAGCCAUUGCAAUCCGAGCCUUUUUCGCAACCUUCGCAAUCAGGAUCGAACGAGCCAAAAGAAACAAGUAUUCUAGAAGCUCAAACUGCUAAUCCGUUUUUAAAGCAGAAUAUAGGAACUCCGCAUAUUGAUGACCCUCAUUUAUACUAUCACUGGCAACAAAUGUUAAUGUCUUUGUUAAAAAACAAUCCCAACUUGGCUUCACCCGACCCUUCAGAAAAUUUAUAUAAAAAUAUAAAUAAAGAGCCCCCCUUGCCUCUGUUACCUACUUUUACUGCCCCUCAUACCCCUCGUGAAAAUAUUUUGCCUUCUGUUAAUCCUACCGAGGGUCAACAAAAUGACUUGCUUCAAAAUCAACUUCCAAUGUUGCACAAAAAAUACGAUGAUGCUUUAAAUGAACAAUUAAUGCCUAAUUUAAUAUUUGCAAUUUUAAAGAAAUUAUCAGAACCACUAAAACAACUUCAAACUUUGCCUCUACAAUCUCAAGCCUUUUCUCCGCAGUCUCAAGCUUAUUCACCACAACCUCAGGAGUUUGCCACAGGGAAUGUUUUAAAUAACCCAAAUGUAGGUAGUAUAGGGCAAGGAUUGCAACAAAUCGGAUUUCCAAAAAAAAUGAUGAAAAUUUUUUAA